GUAAACACAACACCCAAAUAAGAAUACAUAUCUUGCUUGUUUGCAAACCAUUUGCCAUGGAGGAAAUCAAGAAGUUCGACAAGCUUGCAUUUCUGGAGGGCUACCUGCUGAAGCACAAGGAGCUAGGUAAGCGACAGCGCGAAUACAAGAAGAUCCUGUCCAGCAAGCUCAAGUCCCGCAAGGAGACGAUCAUCGAGGCCAGCUUUGAGACGGCCAUUGACCAGCUGGAGGAGGAGAAGAAUGACCUGCGGGCUCAGAUCUGGGUGGCCAGUGGCACGACUCACAAAAAAGAGAACAACCGCUGGCUGGAGCUGAUCCGUUGUCAUGUCGAGUGCCAGGAGAACCUCUCCCAGGACAUUAAUGCCUUCAAGACGUCCAUCUCCAAUAUGGAGAAGGAAAUCAGUCGCAUGGAUAAGCAGAUCUAUAGUCUCAAUCGUCUGACCAUCCCGGACCAGCAGCAUAUUGCAUACGUGAUGAAUGCCCGGAAGAGGAUGACCAUACUGGAGAACUCCCUGGAGGUGGGUGUGCGCCAGGAGUGUGGUUUCACGGCGGCCAAUGCCGAUUUGCGGGAACAGCUAAUCCGCAUCCUGAAUCACCGCACCUUCUUCAACGAUUCAUACACCAAAAUGGUGCAGAAACUCAACAGUGACAAGAAGUAUUUGAUAGAUCUCAUCGAGUACGCCCUGAAUACUUUUGAUGGCUGCAUUGAGGUGUACGAGAAGAUCGACAUGUUGGCCAAGAGGGAGGCCAAGGAGCGCGAACUGCGACGUGUGGAAAUGCAGGGCAUUAUGCGAAAGGUGGCCGCCGAUGGGGACAACACCGCAUUCCUGAAUUGCAAAUCAAAGGCUCGGGAGUUGGCCGAUUUGCAGCCCAAGGAGUACAGGCGAAGGGACGAGUUCCGACGAGUGCACAAUAAGAAGAUCAACCUGUACAACUCGGUGCUGCAGAAGAUCCUCCAGUACACGAACUCCAACAAUGUGGACGAGGUGAUCGACAAGUUCCAGCAGCAGGAGAGUCUCUACUACUCGUUCUUCAACUAUGCCAACGAAAUGAGCUACCACAUCACCUUGCUGAAUAACUCGGUGAACCGCCUCUUUGAGGAUAUAGUGGCACUUAAAAAGGAUAACACCAAUACGCUGCAGGACCAGCUGGAUCAGAUCGCCCUUCUGGAGAACAAGGUGCGCAACAAGCAGGAGUCCAACAUGGAACUGCACAAGGCCCGGGAGAGUAACGAUGCCCGGUUGGAGAAUCUUCUUCAGGGCGUGGAGACAGUCUGCGAGAUGUGCUCCAUCGAUGCCAGUCCGCUGAGCAAGCUCUUGUCAGACCACACCCACGUCAAUCUGGUCAAUGUCGUUCGCUUCCUCAAACUGCUCGAGGUGAGGGUCCUGGAACUGACCGCCAGUGUUUAUGUGAUGGAGCGCCAGGAGGAGGGUCGCUUCGACUAUGUGGUCAAGCAGAUCGAGAAGAUCUGCGAGCUGCCCACCGAUCUCAAUGAUAUUGUGCUCACCCAGCAGUGUCCCGAGUGCGCCGAGGGCGAGGCCUUCAACAUGGACGAGGGCGGCGACGGGGUGCUCGUCCACACCGUCAAGGAGGCCAAGAAGAAGCUCUACGAGAAGGUCACGCAGCCGGAGAUGCAGUACCGCCUGCACAGCAUCAGCCAGUGCCGCCUGCCGCGAUCCCGCCUCUUGGCCGCCAAGCGCAAUAUGUAGACUUCCUCCUCGUCCAUUUCGCUCUGGAAUCUUAUCCAGAUGCCCCAAGGAUAUUUCGGUUUCCAUUUCGAUAUGUGCAACUUUCCUAGUUCGAAUUUCUAGCUUAACAAUCACUAAUUUCGGUUAUAAUUAAGAUAAAUUAACGAUUACAAUUAAGACAAAUUAACAAUUCAUCUGGAUAAAAUAAAUUUAAAAGCUGA